AUGAGUACAAUAAAUACAAAAAGAUAUCUAGUCACUAUAAUUAUACAAUAUUUAGUAUUACUUUUUGAUAUUUUUGUGAAUUCAUUUGCUACUUUCUCCCGACCAAAUGCAAUUAAUUUAUUAAUUCUUUAUGUGGCUCAAGAUAUUUGUCUUAUCAUGACUGUCACAAUUCUACUAGUUAACUUCUUUUCCACUUACAUUUUUCAGAUAGGAUUAAUACAAUUAUUAUAUACAAAAUUUCGUGUAACAUUAAUAUUGUGUAUCAUAUAUAUGAUAUUAAGUAUAAGUCUACAUAUAUGGGAUAUUAAAAUGCAUUGGGCAUCAUCUUUUAGAUGCUACUGGACUAAAGAUUUUCAUAUUCUUUACUCAUUACAUAGAGGAGUUAUGUUAAAGUUGCAGUUUUACACUAUUAUUUCUAUAAAAGGGCAUCUCUUAGAAUCGCAGAUCCAAGAUUCUAUGAAAGUUCAACAUGGAUUCAGAGUCAGUUUAGCCUUUCAUAAUUAA